AUGCCACCAAAUCUCCGUCAACAAUUUGCUCAAAUUGUACAUGAAUUUAAAGCUUUUAACAACGGAUACGAUGAAGAUGAAGUAGCAGAUGAAUUUGGGGAAGAAAAAACAUUUUUCCCCUCAUAUAAUACGCCUGCAACAGUAUUUCCUACUAAUGAAUUUCACAACUAUUGUGUCGUUCAUUUAAUUGUUGUGGAUAUGCCCACAGGUGAAGACAUUCUCAGUGGUGACUUCAUCGAAGUCUGUAUCAAUACAGAAUUGGGAGAAGAUGAGUUGCACAAAUUCUCCAACGUCGAACAUAUAUUCAAACCAGCACACCAACUCUUUAUCGAAACUGAAAUAACACUCACACAAAAUAUGUCCAUCUCAUUUAAAUCCAAAUCAGGACGUCCAUACAGAAUUUGGAUGAACUACGUCCUCCUCCACUACGCCGACGAUGACGAAGAAGAGGAAGAGGAGGAGGAGGAAGAAGAAGAGUCCUCUGAAUUCACACCAGAAGACUAA